GCGAUACCGCCGGAAACCACCGCCUCGACCCGUCGGAGACCCCGCCAUCCACCGAUCGUUGGUGCUCAUCGACCCGAGCAGUCAUCGCUGCCGCCACCACAUCCACCGCAUCCACCCGCAUCAGUCAUCGCAACUGAACUCGCCACUGCAUCCACCCGUCGUUCAGUGUCUAGCUUCUCCCACCUUCUCACCUUCUCACCGCCUCCAGUCUCGCCACCUCAUCAAUCCCAAAUUCAACCGAUACUGAGACGGUGAUCGUGGGGAAGAGGAAGGACCGAGCCACUAAGGUCAGUGCUAUACGGCAGAGCGUCGGCUCAGCUAGCAGUAGCAGUCACCCUUCCCCUAUGCCGGCUGACACAGUACCACCAGCGGGUCCCCCCUUGAUUGUGCGGCCCAUUCUCGUUGACACUACUUCAACGGGAUCUCCAUCAUCUACAUCGACACCCAAAUCUGCAAAACGCAUCGUCGGCAGCGCUCGUUUGAAAGUUAGAAACCCAACAGCUCCGGCCCUGAAAAAGAAGCGGGGUUUCUAUUCUGGAAAGAAGGCGGAGAGCAUCGUUGCACAAACGGGGCAGUAGAUCAAGCUGCAGUAUUGCCCCCGUGUAAAAGGCCCUAGCGUGAGGGGGAUAAACAGCUUGGUGGCGCAUGAUAUCGGUUGCGCCAUACGGAGUCUGGUGGGAAUGAGGGCAAGGACGUUCUACGACCUUGAUCAGGAUGAGAAGUGGAAGGUGUGGAAUGCACUGUCGCUGAAGUACGAGUGGGAUGAAAAUGAUGAGCCAAUGUUCGAUUGGAUACUGAAGAAGGCACAAGAGAGGUACAAGGACUGGAAGUACCAGUACGUGUCACAAAGCUUAUCUGAAUGAAGGGUCCUCUGGCAUGCCUUCAGAUUUCAUUGGGAGAGAGGACCAGUGGGAGUUUCUAUGCCAGCAUUUUGAGUCAGAUGCGUUCAAGAGACUCUCCUUGGCUAACAAGUGGAACCGUGGGGAGAAGACUAUGCACCACCACACGGGGUCUUCUCCUAUCAUCUACGCAAUGGAGGAACUCAGAAUACAAGAGGAGCAGCUUCCAAUUAUCAAAGGUUUUGAGAAGACCUAUGUCAGGAAUGACAUGGUUGAUGAGGUCAAUAAACGAAAUGAUGCAUUUAAGGAACAACACCCUGACGCGACGGAGGAGGAGAUUAUGGAGAGUGUUCAAUCUCAACAAAUUGUGGUGUUGGGUAAGGUGCUCAAAACUCGGAAAGGAAAGGAGAUCCGAGGGAUGGGACAAGGAGGCAAGCGAGACUUGAGCCAAUCUUCAAAUGGUUCCACUUCACGUAGUCGUCCUCCUAGAGUUGAUGAGCAGCAACUCCAAGAGAUGCAAGAGUGCUAUGAGCAGAGAUUGAAGGAAUCAGAGGAGCGUGCCCAACAACAAUAUCAAGAGGUGCAUCAGCGUGCCUUGCGUGCGGAGUCUAUGUAUAGCGUUGUGCAGUCCCAAUUUGCAGCCAUAUAUGAGCGCCUAGUGAAUAAGGGUUUCCCAGGUGAGAAGGUGAUCGAGCUUUUAGGUGGCGGCGACGGCGACUUCACCUCUGCUCCGGUUAGGAAGGUGGCGAGUCGUCCCAAAUCGUGUGCGAAGGCGGAGCUGGCUUUUGUGUUGUUUCGACAGCGCAAAGCCGAGUUUCUAAAUCGUGUUGGGGUCGGCAACGGCUUUGUGGUUUGGUUUGGAUCUAGUGCGGUGUGUGUGGCAGUACAAGAGUAG